ACAACCCAAUUGCAGAGGAUUCAAAGAAAUAACUUUCUCAUCAUAUAUAUUAGAGAGAAUGGUUGGAGCAGCCAGGCAUACAGCAAACCACCUAAGAAAGGAUUAGUCUGGGGAAAAAACUUUAUCCAACAAGACAUGGCUCAUCUGACGAUCUCAGCUGGAUUCAUACUUCUGAUAUGUCUUCAAGCUGUUUCCUCCACCAAACUGGUGUGCUACUUUACCAGUUGGUCCCAGUAUAGAACAGGAGAUGGCAAAUACACAACUGACAACAUAGAUCCAAACCUCUGCACACAUCUGAUCUAUGCCUUCUCAGUAAUCAGCUCCUCUAACCAGCUGUCUACUUUCCAUUGUGAUGAAGAGAACCUCUAUAAAUCCUUUAAUGCUGUCAAGAGCAGAAACCCAGAGCUGAAGACUCUGUUAGCUGUUGGUGGGGCUAGCUUUGGAACAUCACGAUUCAGCCUUAUGGCCUCAUCUUCAGCCAGCCGUCAAGUCUUCAUCCAGUCUACCAUAGCAUUUCUGAGACAGCAUGGCUUUGAUGGACUGGAUCUGGACUGGGAGUACCCUGGAUCACGAGGAAGCCCACCUCAGGACAAGCAAAGGUUCACAUUGCUCUGCAAGGAAUUACUGGCUGCCUUUGAAAAGGAGGCUGCUGAUACCAAUAGGCCAAGAUUGCUGCUCACAGCUGCAGUGGCGGCUGGAAAGAGUUUUAUUGACAAUGGCUAUGAGAUUGCAGAAGUUACAAAGUAUCUAGAUUUUAUUUUCGUCAUGACCUAUGAUUUCUAUGGAGCCUGGUAUUCAUUCACUGGCCACAACAGCCCUCUGUAUACCCGAGCUGGCCUGUCUGGUGACCAUGUCUUCUUAAAUACUGACUAUGCCAUGAAGUACUGGAGAGACCAAGGAGCUCCUUCAGAGAAGCUGCUGGUUGGUUUUCCAACAUAUGGGCGCACAUUUCGCUUAUCAACCGCAGCUACUGGUGUUGGAGCACCGGCCAACGGCCCUGGCUCUGCUGGGCUCUACACCAAAGAAGCGGGAAUUUUGGCUUAUCAUGAGGUUUGCACUUUCCUUAAUGGAGCCACCACACACUGGAUUGAAGAGCAGAAGGUACCCUAUGCAGUCAAAGGCAAUGAGUGGGUGGGAUUUGACAACAAACAGAGCUUUGAAAUCAAGGCACAGUAUGUAAAAGAUAACCAAUAUGGGGGGGCAUUUGUUUGGUCUCUGGAUAUGGAUGAUUUUACUGGACGUGCCUGUGGUGGGGGAAGCAAUCCCCUCAUUAGUCAUCUCCGCUCUCUUCUGGUAGCAGAUUCAACAACAACACCCCCUGCAACAACACUGGCACCAACUGUUACCACAAACCAGCCCAGCACCACUACAACAUCUGCAACAACAACUACUGCAAGAGUAACACCAGCCAUUACCACAAACCGGCCCAGCACCACUACAUCUGCUACCACAACUACUACCAAAGCUACCACAACUGCUUCUGGGGGUGAAUUUUCCUGUGUUGGAAUGCCUGAUGGUAAUUAUGUAAAUCCCAAUGAUAGCAGUAAUUUCUAUCAGUGUGUCAAUGGAAACACUUUUGUGCAAGGUUGUCCGGGUGGUCUGGUUUAUAAAACUAGUUGCAAUUGCUGUGAUUGGCCCUAAACAUCUCAUGCCUCAAACAAGGCACCAUGUCUGGGCUGUACAGCAUUACCAGGGGCAUUAGGUCAGAAGUGAAUAAUGUUACAAAGACAAUUGUAUAAAAAAACAUUAUUAGAUUUGAAUAUAUUACAUAAUUAUAUAUUUUAUAAUAAUAUUUGUGAAGAUAUUUGGAAGCCAUAAUUAGGACUAUACGGGUUAAUUUGUAGAGAACAUGUAAAAAAGGAUAAUUUUUUUUGUUUGAAACUGGUAUGAUUUAAUAUGAGGUAACUUAUAGUACUGUAUGAUUGUAAGAAAUUUAAUUUGGUUUGAUGCAUCUUACAUUGUAUGUAUUUAGUUUUUGUUUUUUGAAAUCUCAGUUCAGCAAAAUCACAUAUAUGUAAUGUUUUUGCUGCACGGCUGGGUGAUAUUCUGGGUUUACAUUUUGGUAGGCAAUGGACAUCAAUGGAUCUUGAUCCAUUUGUUUACUAAAGUCAAAGCUCAGGAAGGGCUCAUUUUUGUGGAGGAAAGGUCACUUUUCUUAUCAGGCUAAACACAAAGUUAAAUACUAGUUUUGAGCAAUGUUGUGUGGGUUGUACAUUUUUCAUAGGUUUAAAACCCACUGAAAAAAGCUGAGAAGGUUACUUUAAAGCAUGUGUACUUAAAUAAUUUUCUGAUUUUGCUGUAUUUAUAUUACAUAUAGUCUCAAUACGAUUUGGGAUCAUGGACCCCAGUUCCAGAUAAUUCGGAAGAAAAUGGAUGGAACGAUGGAUAGUCUCAAUGUAACAGUAGUGUAGAUUUUGUUUAUUUAAAAUGAAUAUCAUACUUAACAGAAGGAAACAUUAACAUGUUUACACAAUUUUGUAAAUGUUUAACAUUAAAAGUAAAUGCAAGAUUCUGUUCAUGGUCUCAUUUUUAUUGUUCAUUUGCAAAUUCAUAUCGUUAACACCACCAGAUCCAAAUCAUAUUUACUACUCAUUAAACUCAUGUCAUGGAAUAAUGUUACUGCCAUGACCGCAAACUGUGAUAAUAAUGUAACUGCCACUGCUGCUGCUAUGAUACACUCUACCUCAAUAAGACUCCUUCAUUACAUGCAAUAAAUCAUCUGUGAAUGUAUGAAUUUA